GGUUUGAUAUAUUUGUUUAUGCCUAUCUAAAAAUUAAGUUGUCAUAAAUUAAAAAAGAAAAGAUAUUGAGUUAAAUUUUCUUAGUUGUUCUGACUCAUAAGAGAUUACAAGAAACACAAUAUUUUCACACAUAUUGCAGCCUAUAGUUAGAGUUGAGUGAAUAGGGAAGUUACAAAAAAUAACUAAUCUCUCCCACUUUAACGUUAUCAAUUAUUUUCAGCAAUGGAUGAAUGUUAUUUUUAUUUGAUCCUACUUCUAUCUUCAACAUUAGUGCUAGCAGACUUCUAUAGUCCUAGAUAUGAUGACUUCGAUAUUCAACCUUUGUUAGAAAAUGAUCGGAUAUUGAUAGGCUACACGAAGUGUUUCCUUGAUCAGGGGCCAUGUACACCGGAGGCGAAAGAUUUUAAGAAAGCUAUACCUGAAUCUUUAGAGACAUCUUGUGGAAAAUGUUCACCAAAACAGAGGAAAUUAAUCAGAACAGUGAUAAGAGCUAUAAGUGAAAGUCACCCCGAUAUCUGGGAACAACUCGUGCACAAAUAUGACAAAGACAAAAAAUAUAGAGAUACUUUUAAUAAAUUUAUUGAAUCAAACGACUAAUACAAA